AUGCGAUCUGAUGCAGUCAAACUAUCACCAGAUGACUAUAAAUAUAUUAUGCAAUACAAAUAUGCAAAAUCCAAACCUUUAGAGAUGCUUAGAGAUAAAUAUUCUAUGUCCAAUACCCGUUUUUAUCAGAUAUGGAAAGGAAAAGAGGUUUGCACAAAUGUUUUGAAUCCAUAUUUAGCUGAUUUGGAAAGUGAUAUUUCAAUACCUAAAGUUGUGGAAGAGACAAAAAAGAGAAAAUCCAAGUUCGAGUCUGUGCGUAUUUUUGAUCAAUACUCUGUUA